GCAGUAGGGGGUUUGCGCACGAAGACAGUUAACCUAAUGUGGAGAAGUAACUUCAAAAACUUAAUAUGAAAAGAGUAUCUAAUCACCAAACAAUAUUACCAUCAAAUGGUUCAACAAACUGUUUAAGUGAACGUCAAUGGCAUUACUUUUUAGCAUCAUCUUUAAUAACUUUUGCUCUUGGAUUAUUUAUUCUUCUCCUAUAUAAAUUAAUUGCCUUCUCCUGCUCGAGAUGGUCAAGAAGGAGGAAAGAAAGGAACGAAAACACAGGUCAAGUGGAGGCGGUUAGUUUUAUGACAAAAUUGAAAUGGAUGGCUGAAAGGUGGAUAUCGGGACAAACUGUCACUGGGCGGAUAUUGGUAUCGCUUUCCUGUGUGCUUAGUAUCGGUUCGCUGAUUAUUUAUCUCAUCGAUGCUUCAAGGUUUGGCAAAAAGGUAGAACAAUGCAAAAGUUGGACUGAAAGCCCGGCACAACAAAUCGAUUUUGUUUUCAACGUUUUCUUCACAUUUUAUUUUAUUAUUCGGUUUACGGCUGCGAAUGAUAAACUGAUAUUCUGGCUGGAAAUGCACUCAAUUGUUGACUACUUUACUAUUCUACCUGCUUAUAUGGCAAUAUACUUAGGUAGACAGUGGCUAGGCUUUCGUUUCCUGAGAGCCCUGCGCCUAAUUUCCUUUCCCGAUAUCCUGCAGUAUUUAAGUUUGUUACGGACAAGCAACAAAAUCCGGUUAGCUCAAUUACUUAGCAUGUUUUUCGGAGUUUGGUUGGCUGCAGCUGGCUUUGUUCAUUUGGUGGAAAAUUCAGGUGAUCCAUUCCAUGAUUGGAAAAAUUCGCAGUAUUUAAGUUACUGGGACUGUCUCUAUUUUUUGAUGGUGACAAUGUCUACAGUUGGCUAUGGCGACAUAUAUUGUGUUACAGACAUUGGCCGAACUUUUAUAGUUUUUUUCUUACUUUUUGCUUUGGCUAUAUUUGCUAGUAGUGUUCCGGAAAUUUUGGAUAUUGUUGGAAAGCAUCCCAGAUAUGGAGGAACUUAUGAAAAACCAGCUGGUGUUAGACAUAUAGUUGUUACCGGACAUAUCAGCUACGAAUCUGUUAAGAACUUUUUAAGAGACUUCUUACACGAAGAUCGAGAGAAUAAGAAUGUUAAGUGUUUGUUUUUGGAUAGUAAAAAUCCAGACUUAGAACUAGAAGCGCUCUUCAAAAGACAUUUCACACAAGUCUGCUUUUUUAAGGGCAGCCCUUUGAACACUAACGACUUGGAGAGAGUCAAACUAAAAUUAGCUGAUGCCUUUUUAGUCGUGGCUGAUCCGAGAGCUUCGGAUCCGGAUGCGGAAGAUGCAGCGAAUAUCAUGAGGGUUAUAUCAGCUAAAAAUUAUCAUAGUGAUAUCAGGAUCAUAAUUCAGCUUAUGAGAUUUCAUAAUAAAGCUUUCCUCGUGAACUUGCCUUCAUGGAUGGCUCAGGAUCAAAUUAUAUGCUUGGCAGAGAUGAAAUUGGGUUUCAUGGCACAAAGUUGUUUGGCUCCCGGUUUUUCUACUUUGAUGGCAAAUCUUUUUGCUAUGAGAAGCUAUAAGAAGUCGGAAAAAGCUGCUAAAUGGCAAGACGAUUAUCUUCGAGGAGCUGGUAUGGAAAUGUAUUCUAGCUACCUAUCCGAAGCCCUGCACGGCCAUACUUUCCCUCAGGCAGUCGAAAUCUGCUUUUGCAAGUUGAAACUUUUAUUAAUCGCCAUAUCUGUUUAUUCGGAAGAUGGAGAAGAUUAUCAAGUUGUGUUAAAUGCAGGAAUAGAUUAUAUUAUAGACAGAGAUACUAAAGCUUUUUUCAUAUGUGAAUCGGAAGAGGAAGUUAAACGAGCUCAAAAUUUCUGCAAGCAUUGUCAUUGGUAUGAGAAAAACAUUCGAAAAAUUGUUAAAUGCAAUUGCUCCAAGCAAGAUAAAUCGACAAUUCCAGUAGCAACUUGUAAACAACAAGAUUCUCCUUCUACGACACCAACAUCUGAUAAGUCAGCUGAUGAUGUUCUACCAAAUCCAUACUGCAGACGUAUUCAAAUCGAUAUCACCAAUCAUUCGCGUUCGAAUAGUCAGAGUCCGACUUCACCUGAUGCCCCCGAAGUUUUCAAUUCGACAUUGAAUACAAAGAGUUUAUCUGCAAUUGUUCCACAUGUCCUUGCUCAAAAACGCCAACAACAAGAAGAAAGGAAAAUGAUUAAAUGCGUUGAACAUUUUGAUUCAACCGGCUUAUUUCAUUGGUGUGAUGAAAGAAAGUUCGAAGAGGCCGUUCUGUCUCAUAGAAAGAAUAGAGAUUUACUUAAGAAGUUGAACAAACAUAUAGUUGUUUGCUUGUUUGGCGAUCACAAAUCACCAUUAAUUGGUUUGUGCAAUUUCGUCAUGCCGCUCAGGGCUAGCAGCUUUAAGUUGGACGAUGUGAAGACUAUUGUAUUUGUUGGUAAUGAAGAGUAUUUAAGAAAAGAAUGGCAUUCCUUGGAAAAUUUUCCCGACGUUUAUGUAAAACCGGGUUCACCUUUAAAUAGAGCUGAUUUAAGAACUAUUAAGAUAAACCAGUGCCAUAUGUGUGUAAUAUUAACAGCUAGCGAUUGUCGAUCGGACGAUAUAACCCUGGUCGACAAAGAAGCUAUCCUUUGUUCUUUGAACAUAAAGACGAUGACAUUUCAAAAUGUUGCCGAUGUUUGGAAAUGCGCAUCUCCCCGCCGAACCUUGGCAACUUUGGCCUUGCUUCGAGUUCAUAAGAAAUUUAACAAUGAAGAAGAGGAAAUUGAAAAGUUCGUAAAGCGGAAAAUCAGUGGCUAUAUUAGUAAAACUAGUAAUAGAAAAAUAACAAAGUCGAUAAGCGAUGAGUUUUCAAACAUUGUUAAGGAAAAGUGUAAUCGAAUUGCAGGUUGAUAGUAAGAGAGAUAGAAAGAAAGAGAGAGAGAGAAAAAAAGGAAGAAAAUAAUAAAAAAAAAACACUUGAAAAAAAAAUAUUUCUUUCUCUUUUUUUCUUUUGUUUGCUAAAAAUCAACUAAUAAAUCACAGAUUUUACCGCAUUAACAAGUCUUUUUUAGCCUUUUUUUCCGUGCUUUUUCCGUUUUUAAAUUACUUUUUUCUCCUAAUCCUAUUCAUAUUCUUUCAUUUUCUGUUCGAUUGUAGACGCCAGAAGCCUGACGCAUCGACCUACAACCGGGGCUUGCAUUCCUAUGAUUACCGAGCUCGAUAACGAUAUAAAUGCUCAAUUUUUGGACCAAGAUGACGAAGAUGACCCAGAGAUGCCGCUUUAUAUGACUCAGCCUUUUGCGUGCGGAAGAGCCUUCGCUGCAUCGGUUUUAGACUCGUUAAUGAGUACAAUGUUUUUUAAUCCGGACGCAAUGCACAUAAUUAGGUCAUUGAUAACUGGAGGUGCGACCAAUGAAUUUGAUCAUAUAAUGGCGGAAGGAGUCGGAGUCGUUAAAGGAGACUCUUCUAACGAUUCUAUUUUAACGAGAGAUAGAUGUAGAGUUGCUCAAUUGACUCUGGAGGACAGCUACUUGGAACGCUAUAGCUAUAGCUCUUAUGGAACUCUGUUUAUCAAGGCUCUUCGCCAUUAUGGAAUUCUUUGUUUAGGUCUUUAUAGGCAGAUAGAUCCUCGACCCUCAGCCGGAUCAUACAAUAGAUGCGUAGUGACAAAUCCUCCCUCUGAUUUUGCUUUAUAUCCGUCCGAUAAGGUUCUAUAUUUUCAAUAUCCAAAUUAAAAAAAAUAGUCUAAAUAAAUCUUUUGCCUCUUUCAUUCUCGUAUUUUAGGUUUUUUGCCUACUUCCUUACGAAACUAAUAAAGAUAAUGCGAAGAAAGAAAUUCGAAAAGAGUCUAACGACGAGAUUGAAUCAACCCAGUUAUAAACGUUUCUUUAUUCUUGUUUAUAUUUCUUUUCUUUUCCUUUCUUUUUGUUUUUUUUCUACAAAUAACUGUUGUGGUGCUUCCAAAAAAAAGAGUAAAAAAAACAUUAUGUUAGUUAAGAAGAACAACGUUUAGCUGGCCUAAGGUUUUAUUGAAAUGUAUGUAUUCGUAUAAAUCUCUCUAUGUAUAUCUAUACUGUAUAUCUAGAGAGUAUAUGUAUAUUUGUAUAUAACUUUUGUAAGCAAAACAACGAUUAAUAAACAACGAAAAUUCUG